GGGGAAAUGGCUUCCAUGCAUUUUUCAAUGAAAGUUGACCACAUCUGGCUAGGGUAUCGAUCACUUGUUGCACUAUACUGUUGGAAUGAAAAUGAGUUUAGAAAGCAUAGCAACACUUUGAAGAUUUCAUUUGUUAGAUGUUUGAUCAACUACAAGGCUAGGGAAGAGGUGAAAAAGUGUGGGGUUCGUUUAGUAUAUGAGGAAGAUGAGAACAAUGGGGAAUGCAACUUUCCUUAUGCCACCAUUUUGCCGCUAGGAGACAAAUCAGAAGACCUCUAAUUGCCUAAAACCCACCAUCGCCUCCAUCUCUUGUGCUCCCUAUAUUUCAAUGAAAAGUUUAAAGGUGGUUCCUGCUGAAGAAGCCUGAUGGAGCUCUCUACUAUACUCCCUCAUUUGAGCCGUAUACAUCUCGCCUUAGUUUGGUCUUCAUCCACACCCUUUGCCAAUCUCUCAAGUUACAAUUCUCAGAGUCAAGCUACCAGUCUUCCAAGCCUUCUUCUUCCAAUUUUGCAAUGGCUUCUUCUUCAACCAGCAGUCUCACACUACCUUCAUCCUCUUCCACUCAUCGAUGGAAGUAUGAUGCCUUCCUUAGUUUCAGAGGUGAAGAUACCCGCAAAAACUUUACUACCCAUCUCCACGCGGCCCUUUGUCAGAAGGGAAUCAACACCUUCAAAGAUAACCUACUCCUGAGAGGCGAAAAAAUAUCUGCAGGACUCCUACAAGCAAUUGAAGAAUCGAGGUUUUCCAUCAUCAUUUUUUCCGAAAACUAUGCUUCUUCAAGUUGGUGUUUGGAUGAACUUACAAAGAUUCUUGAGUGUGUCGAAGAGGGGGGACAUACAGCUCUACCGGUUUUCUAUAACGUGGAUCCCUCCCAUGUAAGAAAACAAAAAGGGUGUUUUGCGGACGCAUUUGCAGAGCAUGAACAAGUAUACAGGGAGAAGAUGGAGAAAGUGGUCAAGUGGAGAAAAGCUUUAACUGAAGUAGCUACAAUUUCUGGAUGGGAUUCACGAGACAGAGAUGAAUCCGAGGUUAUUGAGGAAAUUGUUACCAGGAUUUUGAAUGAGCCGAUUGAUGCAUUCUCAAGCAACGUGGAUGCUCUAGUUGGAAUGGACUCUCGUAUGGAGGACCUGCUUUCACUGUUAUGUAUUGGGUCUAAUGAUGUUCGGUUUGUUGGAAUUUGGGGCAUGGCUGGCAUAGGUAAGACUACCAUUGCUGAAGCUAUUUAUGACCGAAUCUACACUAAAUUUGAUGGUUGCUGCUUUCUUAAAGAUGUUAGAGAAGACUCACAAAGACAUGGUCUAACUUAUUUACAAGAAACACUCCUUUCACGAGUUUUAGGGGGAAUCAACAAUCUCAAUAGAGGAAUCAAUUUUAUAAAAGCAAGACUCCACUCUAAGAAGGUCCUAAUUGUUCUUGACAAUGUGGUGCACCGGCAAGAGUUGGAGGCUUUAGUAGGAAGUCAUGAUUGGUUUGGUCCAGGAAGUCGAAUCAUCAUAACUACUAGAGAAAAGCGUUUGCUAAUUGAGCAAGAAAUGGAUGCAAUAUAUGAAGUUGAGAAAUUAGAGUAUGAUGAAGCUCUUAAGCUCUUUUGUCAAUAUGCCUUUAGAUAUAAGCAUCCUACUGAAGAUUUUAUGCAAUUGUGCCACCAUGCAGUAGAUUAUACUGGAAGUCUUCCCUUAGCCCUUAAAGUCUUGGGUUCUUGUCUAUAUAGAAAAAGCAUACAUGAAUGGAAGAGUGAAUUGGACAAAUUCAAUCAAUUCCCAAAUAAGGAAGUUCUAAAUGUGCUCAAAACAAGUUUUGAUGGAUUAGAUGAUAAUGAAAAGAAUAUGUUUCUUGAUAUUGCAUUCUUCUAUAAAGGGGAGGACAAAGAUUUUGUUAUAGAAGUACUAGAUAAUUUCUUCCCAGUGAGUGAAAUAGGAAAUCUUGUCGAUAAAUCACUCAUAACUAUUUCAGAUAAUAAGUUGUACAUGCAUGAUUUACUACAAGAAAUGGGUUGGGAAAUUGUUCGACAAGAAUCUAUUAAAGACCCUGGCAAACGCAGCAGAUUGCGGGUUCAUGAGGACAUCCAUGAUGUAUUAACAACAAAUAAGGGGACUGAAGCAGUUGAAGGCAUGGUCUUUGACUUGUCUGCAUCAAAAGAGCUAAACCUCAGUGUUGAUGCCUUUGCAAAGAUGAACAAAUUAAGAUUGCUCAGAUUCUAUAAUUGUCAAUUUUAUGGAAGCUCUGAAUACUUAUCCGAGAAAGAGUUAAUUGCUAGUACUCAUGAUGCUCGGAGAUGGAUGGGCUAUGAUAACUCUCCAUACAAUGAUAGUAAAUUGCAUCUAUCUAGAGAUUUUAAAUUUCCAUCCAACAACUUAAGAUCUCUCCAUUGGCACGGAUACCCUUUGAAGUCCCUUCCAUCAAAUUUUCAUCCAGAGAAGCUUGUUGAGCUAAACAUGUGCUAUAGUCUGCUUAAACAACUAUGGGAAGGAAAGAAGGCAUUCGAGAAGUUGAAGUUCAUCAAACUCAGCCACUCUCAACAUCUAACCAAAACUCCAGAUUUCUCUGCGGCCCCAAAACUUAGGAGAAUAAUUCUGAAUGGUUGUACAAGUUUGGUCAAGCUUCACCCAUCCAUUGGGGCUCUCAAGGAGCUUAUUUUCCUGAAUUUAGAAGGCUGCUCAAAACUUGAGAAGUUCCCAGAGGUCGUCCAAGGAAACCUGGAAGAUCUAUCAGGCAUCUCCUUAGAAGGGACUGCUAUAAGAGAACUGCCUUCAUCAAUUGGAAGUCUAAAUAGGCUAGUUUUGUUGAAUCUGAGGAAUUGUGAAAAACUCGCAAGUCUUCCGCAAAGCAUUUGUGAACUGAUAUCUCUUCAGACUCUAACUCUCUCUGGUUGCUCAAAACUAAAGAAAUUGCCAGAUGACCUGGGGAGACUGCAAUGUUUAGUAGAGCUCAAUGUAGAUGGAACUGGUAUAAAAGAGGUAACCUCCUCUAUUAAUCUUUUGACAAACCUUGAAGCAUUAUCCUUAGCAGGAUGCAAAGGAGGGGGAUCUAAGUCAAGGAAUCUGAUCUCUUUCCGCUCAUCACCAGCAGCACCAUUGCAACUGCCUUUUCUUUCAGGUUUAUACUCCUUGAAAAGUUUGAAUUUAAGUGACUGCAACCUAUUGGAAGGAGCACUACCCAGUGAUCUAAGCUCCUUAUCUUCAUUGGAAAAUUUAUAUCUGGACAAGAACAGUUUCAUUACCUUGCCUGCUAGCCUCAGUCGACUUUCUCGGCUCAGAAGUCUCACAUUAGAACACUGCAAGAGUCUUCGAUCAUUGCCAGAGCUUCCAUCAAGUAUUGAAUAUUUAAAUGCCCAUAGUUGCACAUCCCUGGAAACGCUUUCAUGUUCAUCAAGUACAUACACAUCGAAGUUGGGGGAUCUCAGAUUUAAUUUUACUAAUUGCUUUAGACUAGGAGAGAAUCAAGGCAGUGACAUUGUGGAAACCAUACUUGAGGGAACUCAGCUUGCGUCAUCAAUGGCAAAACUUCUGGAGCCAGAUGAGAGGGGGCUAUUACAACAUGGAUAUCAAGCUCUUGUUCCUGGAAGUAGAAUUCCAAAGUGGUUCACCCAUCAGAGUGUAGGGUCUAAGGUAAUUGUAGAGCUGCCUCCACAUUGGUAUAAUACCAAGUGGAUGGGAUUGGCUGCUUGUGUUGUUUUCAACUUCAAGGGUGCUGUCGAUGGGUACCGUGGUACAUUCCCUUUAGCUUGUUUUCUCAAUGGUCGUUAUGCUACGCUAUCCGACCACAAUUCCUUGUGGACUUCAUCGAUUAUUGAGUCAGAUCACACGUGGUUUGCGUAUAUAUCUCGUGCUGAACUAGAGGCCCGGUACCCUCCUUGGACCGGAGAGCUCAGUGACUAUAUGCUGGCUUCAUUUCUAUUCCUUGUCCCAGAAGGCGCGGUCACUUCACACGGCGAGGUGAAAAAGUGUGGGGUUCGUCUAGUAUACGAGGAAGAUGGGAAAUAUGAUGGAUGCAGCUUUCCUUUCAGUACCAUGUGGCCGGGAGAUGGAGAUGGAGGCGUCUUCUGAUGGAUGAAUCAGAUCCUUCGGCUCCUCUAAAAUUGGAUUUCUGCUUUCGCCUCCAUGUCCUAUCCCUUGGUAAGCUGCUUCCUAACCUUCUCUUACUCCUUCAAACCUUUAGCAAUCAAACAGUGGAUUUUGGAAAUAUGUAAUUGACCAACUAUUUUUUAUUCUAUUAAUUAUUUUAUAAAAAUAAAUAUAUUAUGAUAUUAUAGCAACAA